AUGUUAGAACCUCUUUUAGGACAGCAGCAGCAGCAGCAGCAGCAGCAGCAAGAGCAGCAGCAAGAGCAGCAGCAGCAGCAGCGACUGCAGCAGCAGCAGCUGGUUGCGGACUGCACUGUGGUGCCCGUACCACCAAAUAUGAUUCCUUACAGAGGGCUCGGAUUAUCUGUUUUGGAAAGAGGCGGAGAAAAACUCCAAAAGUAUUUAUUUCAGCAGCUGAAAAAGAAGCUGCAGCAGAAGCAGCAGACUGAACUGCCAACAUUUGAAGAGUAUCCUGAAGAAAGUCGAGCUUACCUGCAAAGAGUUGCGGCCGAAGAAAGGAAGCAGCUGCAGCCAGGAGAAGUGCUGCUGACGCCUUCAUUUGGGGCCACACAAAACUCUUCUCUUCUUGCCUUUCUAGCCAUGCCCUACUACUGGCAGAGCAGCAGCGGGGAAGCAGCAAGACGGCUUAGUCACUGUUUUAGGGUUUGUUUGAAGCAGCUAAAUCAAUUAAAUGUAAAAACCCUAAUUGUCCCUUUUGUGGGGUUGGGAGUUUACGGAUUCGAGCCAAAGAGAGCAGCUCACACACUCAUUCAAGCAGCCAUCGAAGAAAUGCUCCAGGCAGACGCAGUAAACCCUCACUACAGCCUCAGCCGCGUGGACUUCGUCGAAAAAGAAAUUUUAAAUUCUUUUAAGUUGGCGGAGGCGCUGAAGGACUUGGAGGCUCUUUUCUCUUUCGAAAAACAAGGGCAGCCCCUUUAUUAUUAA